AUGGACAUCACCAAAUUCGUCGCCGACCACCGGGAGGCUGCCUUCCUGGUGGGCGACUACAGCUCCUACCGGGCUCAGCUGUCGCGCCGGCUGCGCAUUGUGCGCAAGAAGCUAGGUCGCGCGACCGCCAAAAAUGCGAAAUACACGGGGAAGGCGCCCGUGACGGCAGAGGAAGUGGGCAAGAACGUAGAGUUCCUCCAUCUGCAGCUCCUUACUUCGGAGCGGGCUUGGGCCCAUGCCAUGUCCAUGAAGACUUCCCACUCCGAAGACAACGCAGACCAGAACAUCAGCGGCUCCACACGGCAGCACAUCAUCUCGCGACUGAGCAAGGCAUUACGUUACGCAAACGACACGGUGAAGCUGCUGGAAGACCGCGCGGCCAGCGGAGCAUCUGACAUCGACGUGCUGGAGGCUCGCGCAUAUGCAUAUGCCCUGGCUGGAGCGCAAGAGUUUGAGAAGCAGGCUGAGGGCAUCAGGGCCAAGGAUGCCGCAGCGAAGCGCUGGAUACCGUGUCUGGCCAACUUCUCUGCCGCCCGUGUGAUAUACAGCUCUCUCUUCAAGGCAACGAAGAAGGAUCUAUUCAAGGAAGUGCUUGUCGGAACAACAGACCCCAGUAUACGCUAUGCUGCAUAUCAGCACCGGAUACCCCGCACCGUUGGUGUGCCCUCGGUCGCGAAGAAGUUCUUCCCCAAAGAGGACGCGGAUCUCGUCAAGGCAGUAGAGAAGCUGGACCCUGCAGCGUUGCAGGAUGAGGAAACCACAGCUUCGGCAAACAUAGUUGAUGCCGCGAUUGGGCAAGCGCUUGUGUCACUCGAGUCUGCGACUUCGAAGCUGGCUGAGAGCCUUCCCGCAUCACCUUCGACCAAAGAUAGGGCCAACGCCUACGACGAUGUCGCAAUAUAUACCCAAGAUGCAGCCGACGCCACACGAAGAGCGAUCGAGGAGCUAGAGAAAGAAGGCGUCGAUGAAGGUGACUCGCGGAUGCAGGAUCUACGUGUCACAAGCCUCGCGGUCAACUACGACCUCAUUGCAUGGCGCGUUGGUCGCUACCGUGUUCUGAUCGGCACAGAUGAUGGGCUCACCUUCCCUCCCAACUCUCCGCAGAAACCAAAACGGGCGCGCAAGGAUGGCAAAGAAUGGGUGGAACGAGAGGAGCCAACCGGCCGGAAACUGGCGAGGCUCCGAGAGCGAGUUGCGUUGUACGAUGCAAUCCUCCAGAGCAUAGACUCGGUCAAGGAUUUGAAAGGUGCUACGCGCGAUGCUGGCUUUGUGGCUGAGCUGGACGGUCAAAGAGCUUACUACCAAGCUUUGAAAUGUCUGAACCUCUCACACUCCCAUGCAUUUCUCUCCGCCCCGAGACAGGCGCUUGCGCUCUGCAACCGCGCCUUGUCGCUUGCGUCCCAAGCGGUCAGCUCCCCGAAGCCCACGGCGUCAUCGUCAGACGCACCGAAACUCACUGUCUCUGAUAGCCAGGCGCAGACGCUCCAGCAGAAUCUUGAAAAUCUUACGCUACACUACCGUGGUCUAGUGGCUCUUUCGCAGCUGUCCUCUAAUUCGGACAUUGCUUCAAAAGCAAACCUCACCAACGCCGCACCUGUUGUUGAGAGGCUGAACGAGUACCCAACUUCUGGCAGUGUUGAUCUAAAGAACCUGGUUACCUGGCCGCCCAAGCUCAAGCCGGUGCCUGUGAAACCACUAUUCUUGGAUGUGGCGUGGAACUACGUCGAGUACCCCGGGCAGCAGAAGAAGGCCCAGGAGCCGCCCGGAGAGAAACCACAAGCAGAGACAGUGCAGGCAGAGGAGGCGAAGCCAGCGAAAAAGGGUUGGUUCUCAUUUGGGCGGUAG